AUGGCUGGGAUCCGUUUUCUCAUCCAUAUAAGAAGAUGGAAUAUGGGAAGUGGGAGUUGUUCAUUCCGCCUGGACAAGACGGUUAUCCUCCUGUGCCACAUGGAUCAAAGCUGAAGGUGGUGAUUCGUGCUCAAAGUGGUGAACUCCUCUAUCGUAUUUCACCUUGGGCAAGAUAUGUAGUGCGUGAUGAAGACAAAGUGAAUUAUGAUUGGGUACAUUGGAAUCCACCACAGUCGUAUAUACAUAAGCAUCCUUCCCCCAAGAGAUUAAAAAGCCUAAGAAUCUAUGAAUCUCAUGUGGGGAUUGCUUCUCCAGAAGGGAAAGUAGCUUCUUAUAAAAACUUCACAUAUAAUGUACUACCUAGAAUAAAGGAUCUUGGAUACAACUGUGUCCAGUUGAUGGCUAUUAUGGAACAUGCAUACUAUGCCAGUUUUGGUUAUCAGGUCACAAGCUUCUUUGCAGCAUCAAGCCGUUAUGGAACUCCAGAUGACCUGAAAGAAAUGAUUGAUGUUGCUCACUCAAUGGGCAUCACUGUUCUGCUGGAUGUUGUGCACAGCCAUGCAUCAAAAAACUCUGAAGAUGGCCUCAACAAAUUUGAUGGUACAGAUUCUUGUUUCUUCCAUUCCGGUUAUAAAGGAAAUCAUCAGCUCUGGGACAGCAGACUCUUUGACUAUGCAAACUGGGAAGUUUUGAGAUUCCUUCUGUCUAAUUUGAGGAUGUGGAUUGAAGACUAUCGCUUUGAUGGCUUCAGAUUUGAUGGUGUUACAUCUAUGCUGUAUCACCAUCAUGGGAUUGGCACAGGAUUCAGUGGAGAUUACAAUGAAUAUUUUGGCCUACAUGUGGAUGAAGAUGCUUUGUGUUACCUGAUGCUGGCCAACCACAUGAUUAAAUUCUUGCAUCCAGAAUGCAUAACCAUAGCAGAGGAUGUUUCUGGAAUGCCAGCUCUUUGUCGUCCUGUUGCAGAAGGAGGAGGAGGUUUUGAUUAUCGUCUUGCCAUGGCUAUUCCAGAUAAAUGGAUACAGAUAAUUAAAGAGCUGAAAGAUGAAGACUGGAAUAUGGGUAAUAUCGUCCAUACAUUAACAAACAGACGGUAUGAAGAAAAAUACAUUGCAUAUGCAGAGAGCCAUGAUCAGGCACUUGUUGGUGAUAAGACAUUGGCGUUUCGACUGAUGGAUGCAGAGAUGUAUACAAACAUGAGUGUGCUCUCGCCUCUUACUCCAGUUAUUGAUCGUGGAAUACAGCUUCAUAAAAUGAUUCGUCUCAUUACUCAUGCACUUGGAGGAGAGAGCUAUCUGAACUUCAUGGGUAAUGAAUUUGGACAUCCAGAAUGGCUUGACUUCCCCAGAAGAGGGAAUAAUGAGAGCUACCACUACGCCAGAAGACAGUUUAAUCUUACUGAGGAUCAUCUUCUUCGCUAUAGAUUCCUAAAUGCAUUUGAUAGAGAUAUGAAUAAAUUGGAGGAAAGAUUUGGCUGGCUUGCAUCUCCCCCGGCCUAUGUGAGUGAAAAGCAUGAAUCCAAUAAGGUCAUAGCAUUUGAGAGAGCAGGUCUCAUUUUUGUAUUCAACUUCCAUCCGUAUCAAAGUUAUGUGGACUACAGAGUGGGUAUUGAAAUGCCAGGAAAAUAUCCUUUUCUUUACUUUGUUUUUAAGUAUAAAAUCCUUCUGGAUUCUGAUGCUGCAGAAUAUGGAGGACACCAAAGGCUGGACCACAGUACAGAGUACUUCUCUGAAGAAUAUCCUCACAAUUAUCGACCUAAUUCACUUAUGCCAUCCAAUUCAAAGACCACCUUCAGCCAACAGCCCAGAAGAUGCUACAAGCACUACAUAGAGGGAAGUCAGUCAUAUCCAUUCCAGCACGCAGGUACUGCAAUAUGCUCCAGGGAUUACAAGUACAAUGUCAAUAACUCAGAUGACCAAGUGACUGCUGCUGGCAGAAGAUGCAAGCAGCUAGCAGCAGGUACCUAUGUGAUAAUCCUGCUUAUGGGCAAGCCAGGUUUGCUUGGGGAUGAACUGCACAUGAUAGAAGAAUCCGUGUGGAGCAUAGAGGGAAUGCACAUCCAGAUACAUCCG